CACAGGUGUAAUUCGGGGAAGUGUCCACUAAGAGGUGCUGUCUGUCACAGUACUGUGCAUGAUUUCAUUUCAUUCAUGGACGAGGGGCGAUUUUAUUUAUUUUUUUUUUAUUUUUUUUUAAUUGUAUUGAUAGAGGCGCAAGUGGAGACACUGGUGUCCACCGAACAACACGCUGUUUCCCAGCCAGGGUGCAGUUAGGGUAGAAUACAACUGUUUUAAAUUAUUUUGUAUAAAACAUAUGUGUGUGUAGUUCGUCAAAAGUUGGAAAGAUUAGCAUAGUUAGCGUUUACAGUACAGCGUAGUGAAGCGAUGCAAUAUAUUCUGGGUGAAAGCAAUACAUUAAAAUACACGUAGCAGAUUCUGCACAGGUUAGAGGCGUGCACAAACGCAUUAAAUAACUGAUCCUGCACACUGUAGCUACACAACCGCAACUAUUGUCCACAUCUUUUGGUUUCUUGUGUUCGAGGUAAUUACCGUUCGGUCCAAUGAGUACUACGACUUGUUUGUUAUGGAUUUCAAAAAGAAUUAAAAAAAAAGAAAGAAAAAAAAGAAAGAAAAACCACAAGUCUACUGUCGCUUGUAAACCCCCCCGGACUUGCUCGCUCCUGUUACUGUGUCUUUAAGACGCCCGUCUCCUCAGGAUAGCGCGUGACGUCAUGUUUUGCAAUCCAGCCUCACGCGUGGAGAAGGGAAUCUCCCGCCAUCUCCGCGAUCCAGGGCGAAAGCGGCAAGUUUGAGAAAAACACGCGAAGCUGAAACCAACUCGAAGAAGCACGUCCACGAAUGGCAGAUAACUCACUGACAAUGGAAUCGGAUGACUUACAGGAGCAGAUAGGGCCUGCAGAGAGUCAGGAGGGUCCUGCAGACUGUUCAUCUGAGCUAACCCCAGAGGAAACCCCUACUUCUGAGAACGAGAAUGAGUCCAAAGAAUAUAUGAAUCAGUCCUCAGCCGACACAGAUCAAGUUGAAGUUCAAGUGAAAAACGAGCGAGACGACGACUACUCCAGGAUGGAGGAGGAGGAAGGCAGAGAGGCAGCCGAGAUGAUGCACUAUACAGAGUAUAACGACUAUGAUGGCGCGCAGAACCAAGCCAGUCCCUACGCAGGGUCCAGGGCGUCGAGCGGGAAACUCAACUGUGACAUCUGCGGGCUUGCCUGCGUGAGCCUCAACGUCUUACUUGUGCACAAACGCAGCCAUACUGGAGAGCGCCCUUUCCACUGCACCCAGUGUGGAGCUUCGUUCACGCAGAAGGGCAAUCUGCUGCGUCACAUCAAGCUGCACUCUGGGGAGAAACCCUUUAAGUGCCACAUGUGCAGCUAUGCCUGCCGCAGACGGGACGCCCUGAGCGGCCACCUCCGCACCCAUUCAGUGGAAAAACCGUACAAAUGUAACCACUGUGGACGGAGCUACAAGCAGCGCAGCUCACUGGAAGAACACAAAGAGCGUUGCCAUGUGUACAUACAAAGCAAAGGACUCGGGGACGGAGAGCCUGAAGAAGUGAGAGCCGCCAAAACACAGAUGGGAACAGAACGCACUCUAGUGCUGGACAGAUUGGCAAGCAGCGUAGCCAAAAGAAAGAGUUCCAUGCCUCAAAAAUUCAUUGGUGACAAACGUCUCUGCCUGGACAUCAGCUACAACAACAGCCUGAUGUACAGCAAGGAGAGCGAGCUGAUCCAGCGGGGCAUGAUGGAGCAGGCCAGGGGCUACAUGGGUGCCGAGAACAUGCGACCCUUGAUCCAGACCCCUCCGGCCGGCGCUCCUCCUCCCGAGAUGGUCCCUGUAAUCAGCAGUGCCUUCCCGCUGUCCCUCACCCGCUCCGACAUGAACGGCCACGAGCCCGAGGGGGGGAGCCACCAGCACCCGCGGGUCAAACGUCAGCCUUCCAACAGGGGCCCGUCUCCCAGCACUAGCGGGCACGAAUCCCCCGAAGCAGACAGCCACCCCCAGGAGGAGCGAGGGCAAGGGCACGGCGUCUUCAACCUGGAUCACCUGCUCCUGUGGGGCCGGCGUCGCAACGUUGCCUACCUCAAAGACCUGCCCCUCCGACCCUACGAGGCCGGCAGGCCCCCCCUGUCGCCCCACGACAUGUUCAGGGUGAUCAGCGGGGAGGGGGAGGCUGUCCCUGCUUUCCGCUGCGAGCACUGCCAUGUCCUGUUCCUCGACUACGUCAUGUUCACCAUCCACAUGGGCUGCCAUGGCUUUAGGGACCCUUUCGAGUGCAACGUGUGUGGAUACCGGAGCCAGGACAGGUACGAGUUCUCAUCGCACAUAGCGCGCGGGGAGCACCGCUUCAUAAACAAAUGAGGCUUUUCAUGCGUUUUUUUGUCUUUUCUUUUUUCAAAAGUAGCAUUGCUUUUUUUUUUUUCCUUGUGUAAGACUGUUUA